GGAGGUUUAGGAAUUUCCGUGAAAUUCAGUGUGAAAUGUCAGCGUCCUAAUGAAAGCACUAAUUAAUUACAUGACUGCUUUCGGAUAAGGCGGCAAAAAAAAUGUAAACAAGCAGUGUAUAUGCAUCAGCAACAGAAAACUAGACAUUUGCUGUUACAUGUUGCAGGGAAAUGGUGCAGAAGUCUGCUGUGGUGGGCCUCGCUUUGCUGCUGCUGGCUGCAGUCGGCACGUUUUUGGCCGUUUUCUUUUCGGUGCAGGGCAAGAAGGCCUCUCCUGAACCUGAACCUGAAAAUGGUUACUUCAAGGCAGCGGUGGCAGCAGAUGCUGGGACGUGCUCAGAGAUUGGCAGGGAUAUCCUGAAGAGAGGCGGUUCCGCUGUAGAUUCUGCCAUUGCUGCUCUGCUGUGUGUGGGAUUGAUGAAUGCCCACAGCAUGGGCAUCGGAGGAGGGCUCUUCUUCACUAUUUAUGAUGCCAAAACAGGAAAAGUCGAAACCAUCAAUGCACGUGAGACGGCCCCUGCGAACGCAACCAGAGACAUGUUUGGAAAUAGUACAGACCUUUCCCAGAAAGGUGGUUUGUCCAUCGCUGUUCCUGGAGAGAUUCGUGGGUAUGAAAUGGCCCAUAAACGGCAUGGCAAGCUUCCAUGGAAAGAGCUGUUUUUACCAAGCAUACAACUGGCCAGAAACGGCUUUCCUGUUGGCAGAGCAUUGGCAAGUGCCAUUAACUCAAACAGAAACAUCAUUAUGGGUGAUAAGAUGUUAUGUUCUGUGUUCUGCGAUUCCACCGGCAACAUCCUACAGGAAAACGACACCAUCACCUUCACAAAACUGGCUGACACUUAUGAGUUCAUUGCAGAGAAUGGGCCUGAUGCUUUCUACAGCGGACGGCUUGCUGAGAGCCUUGUGAGGGACAUCCAAGCUGCAGAUGGGAUUAUAACUCUGGAGGACUUGAGAGAUUACAAGCCCUUUCUGGAUGAUUCCCCCCUCACUGCCACUGUGGGUGAAUACACAAUGGUGACACCAAACGUGCCUGCCAGCGGCCCAGUCCUCACACUGAUACUCAACAUCCUGAGCGGUUACAACUUCAGUUCAGACAGUGUCUCCACCACUGAAAAUAAAACCCUCACCUAUCAUCGCAUAGUAGAGGCGUUCCGGUUUGCGUAUGCCAAGAGGAGCGUCUUGGGGGAUCCAGAAUUUCUCAACAUCUCCAGUUUCAUCCAGAACAUUACCUCGAAGGACUACGCUGACAUGAUACUUCAGAAGAUCACAGAUAAUACGACUCAGCAAGAGAGCUACUAUGAACCCGAGUUCUACCUUCCCGACGAUCACGGCACAUCACAUGUGUCAGUGGUGGCAGAGGACGGCAGCGCGGUCGCCGCCACCAGCACCAUCAACCUAUAUUUUGGCUCCAAGUUUAUGUCAAAUUCAACAGGAAUUAUACUGAACAAUGAGAUGGAUGACUUCAGUUCUCCCUUGAUAACCAAUAACUUUGGAGUUCCUCCUUCUCCCAACAACUUCAUUGUCCCACAUAAAAGGCCCAUGUCUUCUAUGUGUCCCACCAUCCUGCUAGACAAAAACAAUAAGGUUAAAAUGGUGGUUGGAGCCUCUGGUGGAACAAAGAUCACCACAGCAGUUGCCGAGGUGAUCUUAAAUGCACUGUUCUUUAACUAUGACCUGAAGAAAGCGAUAGUAGACCCGAGAAUUCACAAUCAGCUCAGUCCAAACACUACACAUGUAGAGCCUGACUUCGACAAGGCCAUUUUGGAGGGUCUUGCUACGAAGAACCAUGUAAUAGAGGUGUUGAAGUCCAUGGGCGCAGUGGUUCAGGCCGUGGUGCGGUAUAGUGCUGGCCUCAGCGCUGAGUCAGACCCCCGUAAGGGAGGAUAUGCAGCUGGGUACUGACAUUUGACUCAGCGAUCCAUGUCUCCGGUCCAGCUGGAGGCAAUGGAGAUGCUACUUCGAGACCCCAAGGACAAUUUCCCCUCAUGCUGCUCUGAAGCAACCAAGUGCCUCCAUCAGAGAUACAGGUGAAUCAGCUCUGGACAAUCAAAAGCUCUGUUAAUGUUAAUCUCUGCACACACUGAGAAAUAAAACGCAUUCAAAUACACUCACAAUGGAAACGCACCAUCUUUCUUCAGCUGCUUCUUCUGAUGACUUGCAUUCGUCAAAAUCUCUAUAGAUCUAGUUACUGCGGAGUGGUAUUUAUUUCUGCUAAUAAACAUGUUGUGAUGGCCAUUAUGAACUUUCUUGCGUGACUUCUGUCCGUAUUAAGAUUUACAUCCUGGCAUUAGAACAUUUUUGCAAGACUUAGCAGCAGCGUCUCAGGGGACAAAGUUUUAAUCAAGCUUCUAAUAAGAGCUGAAGCGUGAACAAGAGUUGAAAUGCUCGUUUUAAUGUCCCACGAGUAUGUGGUUCUACCCACAGGCACCGGCCCGACAUCAAGCAGCAUCAUUAAUGCUGAAGUUGUGGGGGACAGAGAAAAAUCACAUAAACAGUCCUUAAUUAAACUUUCAAAAUUGUACUGGGCUAGAAAGUAACUAAUAAAAUGUAUGUACAGUUUAUUAACUUAAAGGAAGAGUCCACCCAAAAAUAACAGUUUUGUCAUUCCAAACCUGUAUGGAU